ACUCACCUGCCACAGUGCCUGGGUUCUCAGGAGACACACAGCCCUUGUCUGCCGGGCUAGAGCCCAGUCCCAGAGGGCCAUCCGGACUCAGCCUUGCCAGGAGUAGAGGGCACUGGGCCUCGGGGAGGGGAUGCCCCCACGGGCGCUAGCCCAGCCAGCUGCCCUGCCCCUCAGGCCUGGGCUGGCCUGUGCCCUGCCCUGUGCAGCUCCCCUGGCCGGUCGCUCCUACCAUGGCCGAGCACCUGGAGCUGCUGGCAGAGAUGCCCAUGGUGAGCAGGAUGAGCGCGCAGGAGCGGCUGAAGCACGCCCAGAAGCGCCGUGCGCAGCAGGUGAAGCUGUGGGCGCAGGCCGAGAAGGAGGCCCAGACCCGCAAGGGCCCCAGGGACCGGUCCCAGCAGGAGAUGGCUGGUGGGCCAAAGCACCGAGUACGCUUCCCUCCCAGUGUAGCCCUGCUGGAGGCUGCUGCCCGCAACGACCUAGAAGAAGUCCGCCAGUUCCUCAGCAGCGGAGUCAGCCCUGACUUGGCCAACGAGGAUGGCCUGACAGCACUGCACCAGAGCUGCAUUGAUGACUUCCGGGAGAUGGUGCAGCAGCUCUUGGAGGCAGGGGCCUCGGUCAAUGCCUGUGACAGUGAGUCCUGGACGCCACUGCAUGCCGCGGCCACCUGUGGCCACUUGCACCUGGUGGAGCUGCUCAUUGCCCGGGGCGCUGACCUGCUGGCCGUCAACACGGAUGGGAACAUGCCCUACGACCUGUGUGAGGAUGAGCAGACUCUGGACUGCCUGGAGACGGCCAUGGCCAACCAGGGGGUCACCCAAGACAGCAUCGAGAGCGCCCGGGCCUUGCCGGAGCUGCACAUGUUGGAUGAUAUACGGAGCCAGCUGCAGGCCGGGGCUGAUCUGGAUGCCCCUCGGGACCACGGGGCCACUCUGCUCCACAUCGCCGCUGCCAGUGGGUUCAGCGAGGCGGCAGUUCUGCUGCUGGAGCACCAAGCCAGCCUGAGCGCCAAAGACCUGGACGGCUGGGAGCCACUGCACGCCGCUGCCUACUGGGGACAGGUGCAACUCGUGGAGCUGCUGGUGGCACACGGCGCCGACCUGCACGCCAAGUCGCUGAUGGACGAGACGCCCCUGGACGUGUGCGUGGACGAGGAGGUGCGGGCCAAACUGCUGGAACUGAAGCACAAGCACGACGCCCUGCUGCGCGCCCAGGGCCGCCAGCGAUCGCUCCUGCGCCGCCGGACGUCCAGCGCAGGCAGCCGCGGGAAGGUGGUGCGGCGGGUGAGCCUGACCCAGCGCACCAGCCUGUACCGCCGAGAGCACGCCCAGGAGGCCAUCGUGUGGCAGCAGCCGGCCCCGCAGCCCCUCAGCCCCGAGGGCCCCGAGCUCCCGAGUCCCGAGCUCGCCUCAGCCCCGGAGCCCGAGGAUGAGGACCGGCAGACGGAUGCCGAGCUGCGGCCCAGCCCGGAGGACGAUGGCCCCGAGGCAGCCAGGCCACACAAUGGCCGCAUGGAGGGCCCCCCUGGCCGGCACCUGUACUCCAAGCGCCUGGACCGCAGCGUCUCCUACCAGCUGAGCCCGGUGGAGAGCGCGGCCCCCGACGGCCUGGUCAAGGCCAAGGCCCACCACACACUGGCGGAGCUGAAGCGGCAGCGAGCCGCCGCCAAGCUGCAGCGGCCCCUGCCCGAGGGGCCGGAGCCCCCCGAGCCUUGCCCUCUGGAGAACCCCCAGAGUCCACAGCCCCAGGAUGGGGCCAGGACUGGAAGAGACCCGCCUUUACUCAAGCUCACAGCCCCCUCCGAGGUGGCGCCUGUGGACAAAAAGCCGUGCUGCCGUCUCAUGUGAGGGCCUGUGCACGCUGCCCAUCUUUGCACUGGGGACUCCCCUGUAUGAGGCCGUGGGGCUUCCCUGCACGCGGCACCCCUGUACCCCCCCUCUCCCCCUGUGGCACUUUCGGCCAAGACUGCGCCUGGACCCCCGCCCAGAGACAGAGCAUCACCGGAAACUUGAUAAAGGGCCAUUCUGCCA